AUGCUCAGCCCAAAGAUGCAAAGAACUGUGAGGGUAAACGACUCGCAGCUCAUCAUGCUCUCGGAGAAAGCCCAUUGCGAUCAUUCCAUAAAAGGGUAUUUGCACAAGAGGGCCGCGGACUCGGCUAAGUGGCAAUUACGAUGGUUCGUUUUAUAUCAGAACUUGCUUUUCUACUACGAGAACGAGCACUGUUCCAGACCCAAUGGCGUUGUUUUGUUGGAGGGUUGCUACUGCGAUCGCCUCAUCACCGCCAAAGGCAAAGAGCCAGAUAAACAGCACUGUUUCACAAUAUCCUACAGAAGGGAGAACCAACGGCAAUACGAGUUGAAAGCGGCUACCGAGUUCGACUGUAAAACGUGGAUCGAUGCCAUACGAGAAGCCAGUUUCAACAAAUUACUGCAGCAGAAAGAAAAGCUCGAGCAGAAGCACUUGCACCUGUUGCAGAUUGUCGAGGGUGAGAAAACAGACAAAUUCCAGUAUGCACGGCGAUGUGAAGAUCUUGUAUCGGAAGUAAAGAAACUCAAGGCUGAAUUGAAUUCCAUGAAGGAGAAACGCAGGGCCAUGUCCCAUGGAACCGGAUGUUUAUACGGCCCAGAAUCUCUGUUCGGUAGCGGGGGUCAAAGUACAGGCAUUGCGGGCUUUGGGUUGCAAGAUAUCACCGAAGGAUCGUUGGAGAUGCAGAAAAUCAAAAAGGUGCAAAGUUUUUUUCGCGGCUGGUUGUGCCGACGACGCUGGAAGCAGAUCGUCGAGCAGUAUAUCAAAAGUCCUCACGCGGAAAUUAUGCGGAAACGGAACAGUUUGGUGUUUAAUAUGGUGGAAGACGAGGAGGAGUACACGGAACAGAUGGAAAUCUUAGUAAGCUGUUUUUUGAGGCCUUUCAAGAUGUCUGCGAGCUCAAAGAAACCGCCUUGUUGCCACGAGGACGUGAACAGUAUAUUUUUGAACAGUGAAACUGUGUUGUUCCUCCAUCAGAUCUUUCUAAAGGGUCUCACGUCUCGUAUGGAAAGCUGGCCCACUUUAGUCUUAGGUGACCUGUUCGAUAUGUUGCUACCGAUGCUGUCAAUUUAUCAAGAGUAUGUCCGAAAUCAUCAUUACAGCCUUCAGGUGUUGACCGAAUGCAAGCAGGCAUCACCUUCGUUCGCGGCGCUGCUCACUAGGUUGGAAAACAAGCCUGCUUGCGGAGGACGUCCUUUGGAGACGUUUUUAACGUAUCCCAUGUUUCGGAUUCCAAGAUACAUUACUACGCUAAACGACCUGGUAGCGUAUACACCAUUCGAUCACGUGGAACAUAAAAGUUUGGAAAGUGCAAGGCAACAACUGGUAGAUCUAUCAAGGCAAAUGCAUGACGAGGUCAGCGAAACUGAAAAUUUACGGAAGAACUUGGCUGUGGAACGCAUGAUUGUCGAGGGUUGCGACAUUUUACUCGACGUCAAUCAAAUAUUCGUCAGACAGGGUACGCUUGUGCAAAUUUUAGAUAAGCCAAAAGGUGCUCGGAGCAGAUUAAGUGCUACUUUUGGAGGCAAAGGCAGUGGUGAUAAGGAAGCAAUCAGACAGUGCUUCCUUUUUUCGAAUCAUUUGUUGCUGACAACACGACAGUCAAACGACGACGGCCGUCUGAAUCUUGUCUCCCAAAUCGGAAAAAUACCACUUUCGCAUGCGGUGCUAGUGGAGGAUCCGAAUGAUCAAGGGAACGCUGAUGAUGACGGUACUUUGAUAACAUUACUGUUAACAUGUAACAAUGCUUAACUGUCAGUAUGUUCGAUGUCCAGCGGCGUCAGUGAGAGCAGUGGAAGUGGUAGUGGAAGUACCAGUACUCAACUACAGAACCGUGAUUUUAAGAUUGUAGUCGAUCUGAAGCCAGGCGGACCUCAAGUUACAGUACACCUCGUAGCCCCUACUAUACAGGAAAAAGCAGCCUGGAUUAGUGACAUCAUGCAGUGCAUGGACAACGUUCACUUCAACGGUUACUUACUUCGCGACUCGUUGUCGGACACAAGCUCCGUCACGAUGCCCGAGUCGAUCAAGAAUGAUCCAAAGCUGUUCGAGGAUGACGUGGACAUCAGAUUUAGUAGGACACUGAACUCGUGUAAAGUCCCGCACAUCCGAUCGGCCACGCCUGAACGGUUGCUUCAACGACUGACGGAUCUACGAUUUCUCAGCAUCGAUUUUCUGAAUACAUUUCUGUUGACGUAUCGUGUAUUCACGGACAGUGUUACGGUGCUCGAAGCUCUCAAGAAAGUAUUCUAUGAGCCGGAACCACCGGAUGCUGACAUGCCCACCGGUUCACUCGAAUCUUUGGAUGUAUUGGGAAUUACAGCUGACAUGCAAUCUCAUGUAGAUGAUCGAAGGAGGAGCAGUGUUUCACCGCGAAGACCUAGUGGUGCUAGUUCCGUUUCCGGAUAUGGAUCUGAAAUAAGCGAAAUAAAAAGUCACGGUUCCUGUGAUUUCUCUGGUGGCGGAUAUACAUUGAAUCCUAAAGGGUACUGGCAAAGUGGGCAUAAGAAGGAAGAGGAAAAGCAGCAACGCGUGGCCCCGGAAACCCCAUCGAUUAUAAAACGCAGUCCAACUAUACACUCAUCCACCGCAUCUGUUGCGUCCCAAUCUCCAGCAAUGUCACGCAAGAUCAACAUUCAAGAAGAUCAAGAGAAGAAGGAAGAAGACGAUGGGUGUCAUUUAAAGAUACCAAAAGCCAUUGCUGCUUCGUCGAGCGCUGAAACUCUUACGGAUAAUACAGUGAUCAGUGCUCCAUCAUCACCAAGUAACUUAAGUUCUGUUACGUUAGUUGGGUCCACAGGAUCUGGUUCAGGUUCUGGAUCGGAUCGAAGUCCUCAAGACGGAGGUAUAUAUUCCCGUGGUGCCUCCGAAGAGACUGACACGCCUGUUGCAACGGAACCAUCCAACGAUGACGUACAAUUUACGUAUGACGACUCCGGGCCGGAAACACCAAAAUUAGUGAAAGGAGAGUCAUCUGCACAGACACCAUCCACACCAAAGGAGAAACUUGCUGAAACGAUCGAAAAGGAAAAGGACAUAUGCAAACAAGAGAAAGAGAAACAUCACGCAGAAAGCGACUUCGCUGCCUCGAUGGCACAGCCACAAUCUCCGCAUCAGAUUCAACAGAAACAACAGCAGCCGCACUAUAGUCAGCACAGAGCAUCGAUUGCUUCCGCUCCCGCGGCUACUGCAAGAAGUAGUUCGAUUUCAACGAUUACUGGCAAUUAUUGGGCCAGCCGACGAUCGAUUCAAGAGAACGAAAUGUCUAGCCAACAAGGGAACUUCCAACACGACCAAGUGUCCAGUAAAGUAGGAGUAGUGAUAACCAGCUUCCGACAAAGUCACCGAAGCGUUGGACCUGAACCUCUCUGGAGCAGUACAUCGAUAGCUGCCACCGCAUUCGCUAUAGCAACAUCAGCAGCCAGCAAUCCUCCGGAUAGAGAAGGUAAUGGUAAUAAUCGAAGUGGAUCUUGUAAGAGCGUCUCUGGACGGAAAGAGUCAAUCGUAUCAACAGCAGCCACGAUGCGUGUGUUAAACGUUCUGCGGCAUUGGGUCUCGAAGCACGCUCAGGAUUUCGAGUCUGAUCAGAGAUUAAAAAGUCUAACGAUCAAGUUCUUGGAGGACAUCAUUUAUUGUCCUAAUCUACUACCGGCUGAACAUAAAGCUGCGAACCGAGUUCUUCGAUUGAUUACCAAGGAAGAACAGGAGGGCAACAAAGUGGACCUCAAGAAGCUGUUGACUCCACCAACGAUUCAAAGCAAGGAGAGCAUCGAGACGCUAUUAGCGCUAGAAAUUGCAGAACAAAUGACGUAUUUGGAUCACAAGAUUUUCGUGUCCAUUUCGAACGAAGAAUUUCUGGGACAAGCGUGGAUGAAGACCGACAAGGCUACUCGUGCGCCUCAUAUUCUCCUAAUGACCAAGAGAUUCAACGAAGUCUCUCAACUAGUCGUUUCGGAGAUCAUUCGACGCUCCAGCAUGUCAGCGAGGGUCGCCGCAAUCGAAAAAUGGACCGAGGUCGCAAAUAUCAACCGAGUUUUACGCAAUUACAAUGGCGUGCUACAAAUCUGCGCAGCCUUCACGAACAGUAGCGUCUUCAGACUGAAGAAGACUUGGGAAAAAGUUUCUAAAACGACAAAGCAAACAAUCGAAAGGCUUCAAAACAUUGUCUCUUCGGAUGGGCGUUUUAAAAACCUAAGGCAUGCUUUACAUCGGUGUGAUCCACCCUGUAUUCCAUACUUAGGAUUCUACUUGACCGACCUUUCCUUCAUAGAAGAGGGUACACCAACUAUGACCGAAGACGGCCUUUUGAAUUUUUCCAAAAUGCGAAUGAUUGCUCAUGUGAUUCGUGAAAUACGAAACUUCCAACAAACGCCGUAUAAGAUCAAGUUAAUAACAAAAGUGACGAAUUACCUACUGGACCCCUCGUUGCUUCUGAACGAGAAGGAUUUGUAUCGCAUGUCCGUGGAGAUCGAGCCAAGAACAUCCAGGAUAAGUAGUUCACCGUUAAUUAAUCUGCCACCUUCUGUGAGCAACACGCCCACAAAGUGA